AGCGCCCGUCUGCGCAUGUGCGAGAGAAGACCCAUUUCCCCCAGCGCGCCUUUCCCGGCUCGACUCCCUCCGCCCAGUCAACGUCUGUGCCCGAUACCAACGUGGCUGUUUUGGCGACACAGUUGUUACGUCAUUUUUAAGCGCCCGCGCCGAAGACUCGACUCCGGUGUGUGCUGCACAUGGGAAUCCUCCGCUGAGGCUGCGAGCCGAGCAGGGGGGCUGGAGGGCUUUUUUGCGUUAUUGCUCCAGCUCUACAGAGUUUCUUUGCGUGUUUCAGCAUGGCCGGCAUUCUCUUCGAGGAUAUCUUCGACGUGAAGGACAUCGAUCCGGAGGGCAAGAAGUUCGAUAGGGUUUCCCGGCUCCACUGCGAGAGUGAGUCCUUUAAGAUGGACCUGAUCCUGGAUGUGAAUGUACAGAUCUAUCCCGUCGACUUGGGUGACAAAUUCCGCCUCGUGAUCGCCAGCACCUUGUAUGAAGACGGGACCUUGGACGACGGGGAGUACAACCCAACUGACGACCGACCCUCCAGAGCCGACCAGUUUGAGUACGUGAUGUACGGGAAGGUGUACAGGAUUGAAGGGGACGAGACAUCCACGGAGGCAGCCACGCGACUCUCUGCCUACGUGUCGUACGGCGGCCUGCUGAUGAGACUCCAGGGAGACGCCAACAACCUGCACGGCUUCGAAGUGGAUUCCCGGGUGUACCUUCUGAUGAAGAAGCUAGCCUUCUAACCAGCUGCGGGGCAGGGAGGGGGACCGUUCGGCCUUCAUGGAGGCAAGGCAACUUCUCGUGUAAACGGAACGUCGCUAGCAGGCAGGAGGCGCGUGCAAAGCCUCCCCCACCCUCCAGGGGCCGUCCGUCUGCCCUCUUUGCCGUAGAAACCUUGCAUGGGCAAGCUACAAAAAAAGGACUUUCUGGGAAGGGUUGCUCCUCCCACUUUCUCCAUGGGCGGGGCUAUGCAAAUGAGCAAUCUCUUCCAACGGGAGGAGCUUCACCCCCCUCCCCCGUUCCCAGUCUUGCCUGCACCCCAGCAAGGUCUUCAGAGCUCUUCCUCUUUUUUUUUUUUUUUUAAAUUGCCUUUCUGAAACAAUCCUUGGAACAUUUAAGCGGGAAGGAGACUUGCUGGCCAACCUGCCUUCAGUGGCCUCCGCUCAGCAGCGGUAAUGAAGAAUUUCCCUGUUCUAUAAGCCCAGCCCCCUCAAAAAACCACCGGCCUUCAUCCAUCCAUCCAUCCAUCCAUCCACAGACUUUACAGAGUAGGACUUUUCCAAAUUCUUCUCCUGCUUCAGCCCCCCCCCCCCCCAAAAAAAAACAAAUUUGAGGAGCCAUCGGUGGUUUGUCGGAGCAGAGCGGGGGACAAAGGGGUGUUCCGCAGCAGGAGAAAAUGCGGAAGUGGCCUCCGGAAGCGUCAUCCAUUCCCGCAAAGGAACCACCAGUCCCUGCCGACACAUCGAGGAAGACGAGGAGGGAGCCGUGCUUUGUGUUGGCUGCCGAAGGGGCAUCUUUUCUAGAGACUGAAUUGUAGCUUCGUUACUGCCAUUAAACAAAGGGGUGUGCGUUCAUUUCGUA